AUGGAAGAUGGACAACAGUUGAAAGAGCUUGAGAAAGGUGUUACAGAGUUAAGGAAUACAAAAGCAGACUCGACAUGGAUAGCUGGAUAUGUAGAUGCAACAAAAGAAUAUAUUUUCGCAUGGACAGAAGGAACAUAUCCACAAAAACAUCAUACACAUAACAUCUAUGACGUAAAUGAACUUCAAGAAAAGUUAGAUGACAUUAUGCAUCUAAGACAGGAACUCAAUGUGCUUAAACAAAUUUUGCCGAAUCUUAUUUACCCGGUUGGCUCAUUAUAUGUUUCAAUGAACUCUACCAGACCAGAAGUAGUACUUGGUUUUGGAACUUGGACUCAAAUAGUCGACAGGUUUUUGUAUUGUGCAAACUCUUCAAAGGAAACAGGUGGAAGUAAAACGAUUUCAGGUGAAAAUUUACCUGCACACAGUACUACAUAG